AUGAAUCAGGAGUCUGAUUCAGCACACGAGUUAAACCCAUUAGCCCCUACAAGAACUCGCAAUCGGACAAAGGCAAUGGGACCUGCAAGCUGGACUCCCGAGGAAGAUAAAUUACUUGCCGAAUUAGUUCAGCAUUCACGAGACUGGAGCACAAUCGCGAAGAAUUUCCCAGGAAAGACAAACAGACAAGUACUUGCACAUUGGAAUAAAGUUGUAAAUCCGAAUAUUGUACGUGGCUCUUGGACUGGAGAAGAAGAUCAGAUAAUUAUAGAUUGGGUUGCCAAAAACGGACCAAGUCAAUGGUCAUCACUUGCAGAAUUACUACCAGGAAGAAUUCCAAAGCAGUGUCGCGAAAGAUGGUGCAAUCGUUUAGAUCCGAAUAUUAAUAGAAGUUCUUGGACACAAGAAGAAGAUAAUAUUCUCAUCACUACAAUGAAGCAAAUCGGGCCCAAAUGGGCUGAAAUUGCCAGAAGACUUCCUGGAAGAACUGAUAAUUCAGUUAAAAAUAGAUGGAAUUCUACGCUUAAGAGAAUCAUGGAGCGAGAAAGUCUUAGAAAAACGAAUACAGUUAAUACUGACAAUACAAUUAAGCCUAUCGACACACUUGAACAGAAUCGAAAAUUGUUAGAACAAAUGUUGCGCAGACAACAAAACUUACCACAAAAUAAAUAA